AUGGUGAAGCUUUUUUCCCUUCUCGCCGUUAGUUUGGCGCCGUUGCUGGCAACGGCACAAUUGUCUGGGCGUGUCGGCCCAACCACCCCAUAUGCCACCAAGGCAAACCACAAGAUCUGCAACGUACUCAAAUACGGGGCCGUCGCCGACAAGAAAACGGAUGUCGGUCCCGCCAUUCUCUCGGCUUGGAACGAUUGCAAGACCGGUGGCGUGGUAUACAUUCCAGCCGGUGAUUAUGCGCUUGGAUCAUGGGUGCUACUGAAGAAUGGCAAGAGCACCGCUAUUCGCAUGGACGGUACCAUCUACCGGACUGGCACCAGCGGCGGCAACAUGAUCUUCAUUGAGCACACUCAGGACUUUGAGCUUUUUAGUGCGACUUCGAAGGGUGCGGUGCAGGGCUCAGGCUAUGAGUUCCACAAGAAGGGAUCGCUCAGCGGACCCCGAAUUCUGCGAUUGUACGAUGUGACCGACUUCUCAGUGCAUGAUCUUGCACUGGUGGAUGCGCCGUCCUUCCACUUCAGCUUGGAUACUUGUGCAAACGGUGAAGUCUAUAAUCUGGCGAUUCGUGGCGGUAACUCGGGUGGUCUGGAUGGCAUCGACGUGUGGUCUAACAAUAUCUGGAUUCACGAUGUCGAGGUCACCAACAAGGACGAGUGUGUAACGGUCAAGAGUCCUGCCAAGAACAUUCUUAUCGAAAACAUUUACUGCAACUGGAGUGGUGGCUGCGCCAUGGGCUCGUUGGGCGCCGAUACUGCCAUCUCGGACAUUCACUGCCGCAAUGUGUACACGUGGGCCUCUAACCAGAUGUAUAUGGUCAAAAGCAAUGGUGGCAGUGGCACGGUCUCCAACGUUGUCCUGGAGAACUUCAUCGGCCACGGAAACGCCUACUCCCUCGACAUUGACCAACAAUGGAGCAGCAUGCACACCAUCGCAGGCAAGGGUGUUCAACUCAACAACUUCACAAUCCAGAACUGGAAGGGAACUGAAUCCAAUGGCGCCCAACGUGGCCCCAUCAAGGUCAACUGUGCUGCGGGUGCUCCUUGCACAGACGUCAAAAUCAAAGACUUUGCCAUGUGGACCGAGACGGGCAAGUACCAAAAGGAGAUUUGCAAUAAUGCCUAUGGCUCAGGAUCCUGUCUGAGGUCCGGCAAGGGCGGCUCUUACAGCACCACGGUCACGGUCAACUCCGCUCCGACGGGGUACUAUGCACCGAAGAUGGCAGCAGACCUCCAGGCUGCGUUUGGAACGGAUUCUCCAAUUCCUAUUCCGACAAUCCCGACUUCUUUCUACCCAGGACAGACACCGAUCAAAGCUUUGGCUGCCAAGGCGACCGCCUCUUAA